GUUCUCGAUGGUCUUUCGUCUCCAGACCCAUCUCUUUUGUGCCCAUUUCAGGACACUCGCUCUCGCCAACAUACGGCGCCAUGACUUCUAAUAUCACGAUCGAGGACACUUUGGUUGCGGACUCCGGUCUAGCGUGCCUGUACUUCCAGCGCAAUGGCCAGCGGAUCUCGCCAUGGCAUGACCUUCCGUUGUGGGCGGAUCGAAAGGCAGAGAUAUUGAAAAUGGUCGUGGAGAUUCCGCGAGGGGCGAAUGCAAAGAUGGAGAUCACGAAGGAGAUCACUUUCAAUCCAAUCAAGCAGGACAUCAGAGAUGGGAAACCCAGAGAAGUGGCCGAUGUCCCACCGUUCCAGGGCUAUCCGUGCAACUACGGUGCUAUUCCACAGACCUGGGAAGACCCCACGGCAAUAGACCUUUACACAGGAGUGGUAGGAGAUGACGACCCCUUGGAUAUCUGUGAGAUCGGCACCGGAAUGGCUCAAUGCGGCGAGGUCAAGAAGGUGAAGCCGCUUGGGACAUUUGUCGUGCUGGACGAAGGCAGCACGGAUUGGAAGAUCAUUGCUGUCGACGUCACCGAUGCGCACGCGGAGAGCCUCGCGGACAUACAGGAUGUGGAAACGCAGUUUCCUGGAUUCUUGGAAUCGUUGAAAACCUGGUAUUGCGUCUACAAGGUGCCUGACGGACGCAGUCCGAAUCGGCUGGCGCUGGAUGGCAGGUUGAUGAAUCGGCAAUUUGCAUUAAGACUGAUUGGCCAUUGCCACGAAGCUUGGAAACCGAGGAAGGGUUUUCCGAACUGCGAUUGAGGGAUUGAGGUUGAGGAAUGAGGUGGUUUGUUAACCAACGCGCUCGACACAACCUGAGGGGAGGGCAAGCAAUUCUGUGAGGCUACCAAGAUUUAAGA